GCAAGGUUAAUUUGGUAAACUAAAGUGUCUGUUUAAAAAUUUGAAGAUUAUAAAACAAUAAGCAAUCAAACGAAAAAUAUGGCUGAGUUACCUCAAUUGGGAGAAGAUCAGUUAAAAUUAGUACAAGAUCUAGAAAUUGAGAUGAUGUCUGAUAUGUACAAUCGUAUGACAUCUGCUUGCCAUAGAAAAUGUAUUCCACCAAAAUAUAUUGAGGCAGAAUUGUCCAAAGGAGAAUCUGUGUGCUUGGACCGUUGUAUUGCCAAAUAUCUAGAUGUUCAUGAACGCAUUGGGAAGAAACUGACUCAGCUUUCUAUGCAAGAAGAUAGUUUCUUGAAGGGCAAAGUUGCAGAGCAACCAAAAGCAAAUUAAAUAAAACAGU